GGCACCGUUAGCAAGCCUAGGAGGCGUGACUAGGGGCUGGAAGUAGGGCGGGACGGGGCAGUGGAGCUGCGGCUGCCGCUGUCAUGGACGCCUGGGUCCGCUUCAGUUCUCAGAGCCAGGCUCGGGAGCGUCUGUGUAGGGCUGCCCAGUAUGCGUGCUCCCUUCUUGGCCAUGCACUGCAGAGACGUGGGGCCAGUCUUGAGUUACAGAAACAGAUUCAACAACUGGAGGGGCAUCUGAGCCUUGGGAGAAAGCUUCUGCGCUUGGGCAACUCAGCAGAUGCUCUCGAGUCAGCCAAAAGAGCUGUGCACCUAUCAGAUGUUGUCCUGAGAUUCUGCAUCACGGUUAGUCACCUCAAUCGAGCCUUGUACUUCGCAUGUGACAAUGUCCUAUGGGCUGGAAAGUCUGGACUAGCUCCCCGUGUGGAUCAGGAGAAGUGGGCUCAGCGCUCAUUCAGGUAUUAUCUCUUUUCCCUCAUCAUGAAUCUGAGCCGUGAUGCUUAUGAAAUUCGCUUACUCAUGGAACAAGAGUCUUCAGCUUGUAUUCGGCGACUGAGGGGUUCUGGAGGAGGAGUCCCAGGAGGACUUGAAACUGGAGGAGCUGGAGGACCAGGAACUCCAGGAAGAGGCCUGCCUCAACUGGCUCUAAAGCUUCGGCUCCAAGUCCUGCUCCUGGCUCGGGUCCUUCAAGGUCAUCCCCCACUUCUGCUGGAUGUGAUAAAAAAUUCUUGUGAUCUCUUCAUUCCACUGGACAAAUUAGGCCUCUGGCACUGUGGCCCUGGGAUUGUGGGGCUUUGUGGACUUGUGUCCUCUGUCCUGUCCAUUCUCACCCUAAUCUAUCCCUGGUUACGACUCAAGCCUUGACACUCUGGUGCAGGAUAAACGAGGGGACCUGAAUUGGUGAAAUAGAAUUUUAGAUCAUUCUUCAUGUGCUAGCUUCAUUCUAAUUGUACUACUUGAUUAGUUAAAAUCCAAAAUUUAGGGGUUUAGGGAAGAGAUUUGGGGAAGAUGAGACAAAGACACAUGACUUGUCAAUAGAAUGAUUCUGAUACCCAGAUAUGCCUAAACUUUUGUUCUUUUCCUCUUUUACUCUCUGAAUCGCUCUUGACUAUUUUAUCAUCUCAAGUCUAUUUUAAGAUGCUUAUUACUGUAUCUGCUCAGUCCCUUGUCCAGGAGUUUAAAUGGAGAUCUUUUUUGGUAGAGAAGGUAUCAGAUUUGAUUUAUAAGAAUCUGCCUUUUUUUUUUUUUUUAUCCCAGAGUGUGCUUGUAGAAAAAUUUUUUUUCUCCUUCAAGCUGCAAAUCAUAAUUUUUUGGUUGUUUAUUAAUAUAGGGCCUCAGUAUGCAGCCCAGGCUGGCCUCAAAAACAAGUGAUCUUCCUACCUCGGCCUCCUGAGUAAUGGGAUUACAAAUACAUGUCCCCAUGCCUGGCAUAAAUCAUAAUUUUUAAAACUUUAUGUCCCAGUGAACUCUUUUUUUUAUAUUUCUAUACCACAGGUUAUUUAAUGCUUCCUCUUCCAUCCUCAUCUACCUCACCAACCUCUCUCAUGAUCUGGCCCUUACCCUUCCCUGUACUCAUACCUUCAGAUUUCUGCUUACACUUUGAUUUCAGAGCUUUGGUCCCUAGUUGGUUCUUACCUCUUUACCCAUCCAGAUUGAUGCUGUGUCUAGCAUCCUGCUGUAAAUACUGUAGAAGGAUUCUGUGUAAAUAUCUGUAGCCCAUGUACACAAUGGAGAGCAAGCCUCCCAGGUCAGCAAAUUAAAGAUCAGUUUGCUCAUUGAUA